AUGUCUGCGAAACCCAAGCUGCACUACUUCAAUGGACGAGGCCGAAUGGAAACAAUACGGUGGCUACUAGCAGCAGCCGGGGUUGAGUUUGAAGAAUGUUUUCUGGAAACAAAGGAUGAUCUGAUAAAGUUACAGAAGGAUGGAUCCCUGCUCUUCCAGCAAGUGCCCAUGGUGGAGAUCGAUGGGAUGAAGAUGGUGCAGACCAGAGCCAUUGGCAACUACAUAGCCACGAAGUACAACCUCUACGGGAAGGACCUGAAGGAGAGAGCCCUGAUUGAUAUGUACGUGGAAGGAGUAAUAGAUCUGAAUGAGUUACUCAUGACCCAUCCUUUCCAACCAGCUGAUAAAAAGGAGCAACACUUUGCUAGUAUUGUGGACAAGGCCACCAACAGAUACUUCCCAGUCUUUGAGAAGGUUUUGAAAGACCAUGGACAAGACUUUCUUGUUGGCAACCGGUUCAGCAGGGCAGAUGUGCAAUUACUUGAAACCCUUUUAAUGGCAGAAGAGUACAAGCCUGAUAUACUUGCCAAAUUUCCUCUCUUGCAGAGUUUCAAAGCAAGAAUAAGCAAUGUGCCCACAAUAAAGAAAUUCCUGCAGCCUGGCAGCCAGAGGAAACCACCACUACAAGAAACAGAUGUACCAAAACUGAUGAAAAUUUUCCACUAA